AUGACUGGCCCACCUCUCCAUCUCGAGGACGUUGACAUCUCCUCUGAGGCGUCUGCAUCUCUGCUGAUCCAAGUCUUGUCGGACGAAAAGCACGCGCUUCCAGAAAGCCUCUCAGUGCUCGGGAGCAUCGUCAACUCCUUCGAUCGCACGCGGCCUCUGAGCGUAGACAACCACCCAACCGUGCAAGCAUGGUGCACCGAGAGUCUCGCCAACUUGCAAGCCCAAAUCUCGGACGGCGUCUCCGCGCGACCUCUGUUCUCGGUCUUCACCUUCGAGCCAUCCACCCAACAGUUCCGCUACUUCUGCUCAGCAGAAGUUGCACCUGGCGACAAAUCCAAGUUCCCAACGCCAGACGAGAACACCCACGUUGCAGGCGCCUUCCGCGCGCUGCGCGCUCUCGCAGACGCGCACUACCCGCGGUUCCACGUCCUCAAGCCCAACAACAGCGACGACCCCCCGCAGAUCGUCAUCGGCGCCGUGCACGAGAAAUGGCGCACCGCGACAGAGCCGAUCAUCCUCAGCCGCAACCCGUGCCCGCGGUACCUCCUCUCCCCGGACAACGCCAAGCGUUCGCGCUCCAAUACCAAUCCUCAACUGCAUCCACAGUCGUCCCCCACGCUAUAUGAACAGGACUGGAUCGUCUCACAGAUGCUCGAGCACGACAUCCCGACCGUCAGCUCCACCUCGCACAUCCCGCGCUCAGCCACAUACCUCCGCUCGCGCUUCCCGUACUCGGUCUGCCUGCGCGAUCCGUCCGGCCCCGUCGCCGUCUCGAGCUCAGGCGCAGAUGCAGAGGCAGAUGCGGACCCGACGAAGCGCAGGGCGAUCGCAUGGGCGCUCAUCCACUCGGACGGCGGCGUCGGCACGCUCUACGUCGACACCAGAUACCGCGGCAGGCGCCUCGGCAAGCGCGUCGUGAGCGAGCUCGGGCGCAUGCUGGACCCCGGUGCCGUCACCACCACCACCAGCGGCUGUCCGCUUGCAGACGGCGACCCGGGCGGCGGUGCGGCGGGGUGGGUGUGGGCGGAGACGAUGCAGUCCAACGCCAAGGGACAGGCGUUUUUCGAUUCCCUGGGCUCGGAGGGCUGGGAGCGUGCGUGGACGUGUGAUUGGGUGCGGAUCGGGAGGGUUGAGCAGGAGUAG